AUGACUACUAGUAGUUUUUCUACUGCUACAGACCUUUUUGAGUCGUUAAAUGGACUCGAUAUAAGUGAUAUCCAUGAGUUCGAGGAUAAAAUCAUAACCCCAAAGGGGUAUAGCCAGGCUAUUGAAGAGGUAGAAAUAUCUAAUAGGUUCCUUCACACUUCUAAUGUCUUGGACUGGAACUUACUCGAUCUUUUGCAACCAAUGCCGAAUUCAAAUACACUACAGGUUCCAAGUGAUUUGAAUGAAAAAAACCAGGAAAGAAAUGAUUUCAUACCUUUAAGUAUGAUUUCUUGUCCGGAACCGGUGAGUAGGACACAAUAUCACUUUCACAGAGUAGGUAUUGAGGGUGAAAUUUCUACUUAUGAAGAGAAAGUUAAUAUCGAGGAUGUCUUAAAUGCAAACUCCGCAAAUUCUUUAUCACUAACAAGAAAAAUCAAUCCUAAUGGGGACUUGAUAAGGGGUACCACAAAUCAAUUACCAUUUACACCUGGUGGUCUUGAUAAAGAUGUAGUCGAAACAGGAUCAGACUCUGUAGUUGCGAACAAUGAAGCAGGAACAAAGCUAUUAUCAAGAGAUGAGUUUGGUCUAUUCAAUAUUCCGCCAGGAUUGGAAAGAGGUAUCACUCCAAACAUUGAAACUAAUAACCAAACGACCCAGAAGGAGCUAGAAGAAAUUGAUAGAUUAUCAAAACUUGAGAACGAUGAGCAAAAUAAGCAAGAGAUUCAAAAAUUAAGAGAUCUAGAACAUGAUAAGAUAUCUUCAUCUGCUGUAGUUGAUGAAUCUCUGGGUACAUCAGAGAUUGACGAAUUACUUCCAGUAGAUCUCAAUUUUGGUAGGCAUAUUAGAAAACUUAACAAGUCUUCAGAUAGGGUGGAGUGGGCGCAUAUGGUAGAUUUGAAUAGUAAUAUGGAUAAUUUCAAUGACUUGGUUCCAAAUCCUGCUCGUACAUGGCCAUUCGAGCUAGAUACGUUCCAAAAAGAAGCGGUUUAUCAUCUAGAACAAGGUGAUUCGGUGUUUGUAGCCGCUCAUACAUCUGCAGGGAAAACAGUGGUCGCAGAAUAUGCGAUCGCGAUGUCUAAAAGAAACAUGACAAAAACAAUAUACACUUCUCCAAUUAAAGCUUUGUCAAACCAAAAAUUCAGAGAUUUCAAGGAAGAUUUCGAUGAUAUCGAUGUUGGUUUAAUUACAGGUGAUGUGCAAAUUAAUCCCGAAGCAGAUUGCUUGAUCAUGACAACAGAAAUUUUAAGAUCUAUGCUUUACCGUGGAGCAGAUUUAAUCAGAGAUGUGGAAUUUGUUAUUUUUGAUGAAGUUCAUUACGUUAAUGAUCAAAUGCGUGGUGUUGUAUGGGAAGAGGUCAUAAUUAUGCUUCCCCAACAUGUGAAGUUCAUCUUGUUAUCAGCUACUGUGCCAAAUACAUUCGAGUUUGCCAAUUGGAUUGGUAGAACUAAGCAAAAGAAUAUAUAUGUGAUAUCAACACCUAAACGUCCUGUGCCAUUAGAGAUUAAUAUUUGGACUAAGAAGAAACUAAUACCUGUUAUAAAUGAUAAAAGGGAAUUCUUGCCAAGGGGUUUUAGAGAACAUAAGGAUUUACUUACCGACUCAGUUGUUUCCGGCAGUGACCCAAGGAGUCAACAAAAAAAUGGAAAACCAUCAGGGAACCAGAAGACUAUUACCAAAGGAUCCAAAGGCGUUGGAGCAAAAGGUUCAAACAAAUCAUCCUUUUUUAAGUAUGAUGGUCCUACAAAAGCUACCUGGUACAACCUACUCAAACAUCUCAAAGCAAAUGAUCUUCUUCCAGCAGUUGUUUUCGUUUUCAGCAAAAAAAGAUGCGAGGAAUAUGCUGAUGCAGUUGAAGGUGCCGAUCUCUUGAAUGCAAAGGAGAGAUCUGCAAUCCAUAUUUUCAUCGAAAAAUCUAUUUCUCGUUUAAGAAAAGAUGACAGAGAGCUUCCUCAAAUCUUAAAGAUUAGAUCGCUAUUAUCAAGGGGUAUUGCAGUGCACCACGGUGGUCUCUUACCGAUAGUAAAAGAAUUAAUUGAGAUUUUAUUCGCAAAAGGUUUUGUAAAGCUUUUGUUUGCCACAGAAACGUUUGCUAUGGGUCUAAAUUUACCUACGAGAACAGUAGUGUUCAGUGAGAUAUCUAAACAUGAUGGUGAGAAAAAGCGCAAUCUUCUCCCUGGUGAAUUUACUCAAAUGGCGGGAAGAGCUGGACGUAGAGGUAAAGAUAAAACAGGGACUGUCAUUGUCAUGUCUUAUAGCAGACCCCUUGACGAAGCGUCAUUCAAAGAAGUUACUUUAGGUAUCCCAACUCGUUUACAAUCUCAGUUCAGAUUGACCUACAAUAUGAUUCUUAAUCUUUUAAGAAUUGAAGCUUUAAGAGUGGAGGAGAUGAUUAAGUUCUCAUUUAGUGAAAAUAGCAAAGAGACUUUAAAGCCUGAGCAAGAAAACAUGAUAAAAGAAUUACAAGCUAAGGUUGACUUAAUUGAUAUUAGCAAGUACUCUGAAGAGGACAUUAAGGAAUAUGAAUCUGCUUAUAAUUUAAUAUCUGGUUAUUCUCAGACUUGCGUUGAUAUUAUGACCGAAAUUGACGAAACAAGAACAAUAGGAAAGAGAUUAAGUGUAGGAAGAUUCAUAAUAUUCAGAGAUAAAAAUGGAAAUCCAGUUGCAGGGUUCGUUUUCAAAUCUAACCCACCAAAGGGAACUUGUGUUGUACUAAAACUAACACGUCCAAUGUUAUUGGGAUCUGAAAGUGUCAACCACCUUCCAUCCCUAUUCUUCUUUGCUAAUUACUGCUCUUCUCAUCUAUCAACGUGGAACUCUAUCAAGGGCUGCUUGGAUCUUGAAAUACAAGAAAUUUCAAUAUUUGAUAUUGAGGUGAUUUCGAAGUUCAUAUUCUCAGAUGUCAACGGUAAAUUUAUUAACAGCACAAGUGAAGAGCAGAGGAAAUUGGCUUGUGAAUUCUUAUUUAGUGUCUCCAGAAGAGUCCAGAAGACUAAAGAUCUAACAUUAGCUUCAACACCUUCACUAAAGGUUCAGCAAUCUGUUUUGCAAAUUCAAAAGAUAGUAGCAGACUUACAUCGGCUAAGAGUUGUUGAAGAUGAAACAUUUGGGAAAAAAUUCGAACCCUUCUACAAGCGCUUUGAGUUACAAAAGGAGAUAAAAAACAUAUAUCAUAUGAUGUCGGAACAAAAUCUCAGUCUCUUGCCAGAUUACGAAUCACGUCUCAGCGUAUUAAAAGAGACAGGAUUUAUAGACUAUAAUAACAAUGUGUUAUUAAAGGGAAGGGUAGCAUGUGAAAUAAACACAGGUUACGAAUUAGUUCUUACGGAAUUGAUAUUGGACAAUUUCCUUGGUGACUUUGAGCCUGAAGAGAUUGUUGCUCUUUUAUCAGCAUUCGUUUAUGAGGGACGAACUAGGGAAGAAGAGCCUCCAGUUAUAACUCCAAGAUUGGCUAAGGGUAAGGAGAAAAUUAAGGAGAUCUAUUCUAAAAUGCAAGAAGUGUCGGAAAGAUAUCAAAUUCCUGCAACACAAGAGGAGGCAGAGUUUUUAGAGAAGAAGAGAUUUGCAUUAUUGAAUGUGAUAUACGAAUGGGCAAGAGGUCUUUCAUUUAAAGAAAUUAUGGAGAUGAGUGUUGAGGCUGAAGGUACUAUAGUUAGAGUAAUUUCAAGACUAGAUGAAGUUUGUCGUGAGGUCAGAAAUGCUGCAGUCAUCAUUGGUAAUUCCGUCCUUCAUCAAAAGAUGACCCAAGCUCAGGAACUAAUUAAAAGAGAUAUUGUGUUUGCUGCCAGUUUGUACUUAUGA